UAUUUCCCAUCCAUUGCUUGCUUCCUGGGUGGCCUAGCUGCUUUUCUCGUUGGAUCGGGAUUCCCCAGCGCAUUUCCACGCUUUUAGCCCAAUUGUGAAUGCUCUCCCCUCUCCUGGAGAGCGCGCUGUCCCAUCACCAGAUGAAAGACUCUGGAACAUAAAAACGAGCUCAUCAAGCGCCUCUCUUAACCUUAGUGCAAUCUAUAUACUACUUGCAUACUGUGACAGACAAGAGAGAGAGAGAGAGAGAGAGAGAGAGAGAGAGAGAGAGAGAUAGCUAGCUAGCAAGCUCGAGAGCUCUUGUUCCAGCCUGCGUCAACGAAAUGAAGAGCCUUCUGCUGCUGCUGCUUCUAGUGCUGCUGCUUCUCCACGAGUCUGAGUCUGCAACUGACAAUCCCAUCGGUGUCAACUAUGGAACACGCGGGAACAACUUGCCUCCACCAUCUCAAGUUGUGGAGCUCCUCAAAAACACCAACAUUGGCAAGGUGAAGCUCUACGACGCGAAUCCAGCCAUCCUGCGGGCCUUCGCCGGAACCAGCUUUGACAUCACUGUUGGCAUCCCAAACGAGCAGAUACCGUCGCUGGUUGAUCAAGGAACAGCGCUGUCGUGGAUGCGGCAGAACGUGGCGACGUACUUGCCGGAUACCAGGAUACGUGGGAUUGCCGUCGGUAACGAGGUUCUCGCCGGAAAGAAUUCCAACCAGCAGCUUGCGGCGCAGCUCGUUCCCGCCAUGAACAGCCUCCAGUCGGCGCUCGUCACUCUCAAGCUCAACGAUCUUAUCAAGAUCACAGCUCCCCAGUCCCUUGCAACUCUCAGCACUUCUUUUCCACCCUCGAGUGGGACGUUCCGGCCGGACCUCGCUCAGUCCGCGCUCGUUCCUCUCCUCACCUUCCUCCAGGCCACAAACUCCACCUUCAUGGUGAAUGCAUAUCCCUUCAUGGCCUACCGCAGCAACCCCCGAGACGUCUCGCUUGCCUACUGCCUCUUCCUUCCAAAUUCCGGUGUCACGGACCCGGGAACACAGUUCCUCUACAGCAACAUGUUUGGAGCAAUGCUGGACGCUGUCAUCUCGGCCAUGAAAAAGUUGCGCUUCCCGGACGUCCGCAUUGGAGUGUCCGAGACGGGGUGGCCAUCACUUGGAGACCCCAGUGAAGCCGAAGUGAGCUUGCGAAACGCCAUGCUGUACAACAGGAACCUCGUGUUUUACAUCAGCAGCAGUCCGGGAACUCCUCUCAGGCCCAAGCAGCAGAUCGACACCUACAUCUUCUCCCUUUACAACGAGAACUUGAAAGAAGGACCGGCGUCAGAGAGGAAUUACGGACUGUUUCGGCCAGAUGGUUCCACAGUCUAUGACGUCGGAAUUUUGAAGAGCGGCUCUGUCAUCACUCCACCCAGUCCCUUUGUCUCUCCCAACCCCCCGACGCCAGUAACAAUUCCCAUCACACCGCCGCCGCCGCCAUCUCGCCCUCCGUUUGCAACUCCACCAUCACCUGUUACGACUCCAACUCCACCCUCUGUGGGAGCUCCCCCAGCUCCAGUAACUUAUCCAUCCCCAACUCCACCGUCUGUGGGAGCUCCGCCAGCUCCAGUAACUUAUCCAUCCCCAACUCCGCCGUCCGUGGGAGCUCCGCCAGCUCCAGUAACUUAUCCAUCCCCGAUGACUCCGUCGUUUCCAAAACCUCCGCCAUCUCCAGUCACCUUCCCAGCUCCAAUGAUCCCGCCCUCUCCAGUCAUCGUCUAUCCCGCUCCAAUGACUCCGCCGACUCCACCAUACUCUGGAACUCCAUCGACGCCUUCGGGCGGGCACGGAGCGCCAGUGUGGUGCGUUGCAAAGCCAAACGCAGACGCCACCUCUCUUGCAGCUGCUCUUGGCUUUGCCUGCGGAGAAGGAGGGGCAGACUGCUUGGCCAUCCAACCGGGAGGAGCCUGUUACUAUCCCAACGAUGUCACUUCGCACGCCUCAUACGCCUUCAACAGUUACUACCAGAGGCACGGCCGAAACUACUGGAACUGUGACUUCAGGAACAAUGCCGUUGUCGCCAUCUCGGACCCCAGUAAGCAAGCUACCUCUAUGAGUUUACUCUGUAAUCAGCUAACCAAGCUUCCGCCCCGUCCUUGUCAAACUUCUUGUUGUCUCAGGUUACGGUGGCUGCAACUAUCCAGCAAAGUAAGCAGUCGGAUUUUGCGCAUCUUCUCUCUGUACACUAGGGAGGUGGUUUCUCGUCAUUUGUCGUUGAUUCUUUAGCAAAGCACUGACGUUGUAGAAGAGUAAAGGAGUGCAGCUCUUUUCAGGAACAUAAUUUCAUCCCAAGCGAUUCCUGGA